AAAUCUCUUCAGUCCGAGUCCGAAAUCCGAGUGUUCGGGGCGAGUGAAUUUUUUCUCUUGCAUUUUAUCUCUUAAAAAUUGUUUAUUUACUUAAAUAUUAGGAAUCCACUUCAACAUAGUGACUCACUGUGUACAAAAAAUCCGAUAGCCACGCAGUUAGCAUCGAAUUGGUGUCGUGUGAGAUUGAAUCGAUAGGUGUUUCAGUGAGAAAAAAGUGCUGAGGGGGCUGGAGCUCCUCUAAUGUCGUCUGAAAAGUGAAUUGUAAUUUGUGUCUCACAGCAAGAAAAUCACGGAGAGGACGGUGUUUGGUGAAAUUGGUAGAAAAUCGUGGCAAUAUUUGCUGUGAGUGCCUCGGCAUCUGCUCCAUUGAGCACGAAAAAUCUGUGGCACUCUUGUGAGUUUGUUUCCGGAAGUCUCUGUGUCUCUCACCCACACUGUGCUCCAUUGUUUUCGAGAGAGAAAAAGUCGCCUGUCCUGGAAAUAGAGGUUGAAUUUGGGGCGAAAUUUGGCGGUGUCUGAGUACUAGAAGAAGUGGCCGAGAGGCCCAGACAAUGGCCGGAUACCGUUGCACCGAAUAGUUAACUUAGCAGGCCAAAAUAGUGGAAUAACUGUUCUCCCAGCGCACCUUGUUCUCGCCUUUUUUUUUGCUUUCUCGGGUGGCGGAGCCCAACGCCCAAGAUAAUAUGUUCAAUUUUAUUAAGAAGGAAAAGUCCGACAGGGAUGAGAAGGAGCGCAGGAAGCGCGAGAAGAAGCUGCGAAAGGAAGCUAAGCAGGUUUCCGGAGGCAGCCUGAUGUCCACGGAGGAACUGCUACGGCUGGAUGAGGUUCGGCGUUCACUGAAAAUUCGCGGAAGGCGAAAGGAGAAGGAAAAAUUGCCAAGUGGAAUAACAGCUGACUAUAGUGCUGAAUUCUUUGCACAAUUGGACAUUGAUCGUGGUGUUGAGAUGGAUCGUGGUACUGAAGAAGUGUUGGCCACAGCAAAUACCACAAUAGACAACAAUGGUUAUUCGCACAAGCAAAUUGCGUACAACAUUUCUCAGUCGGACAGCUCAGAAAAUUCCCUGCAGUCGCUCAAAUCGCGACUUUUGCCACCAGUUCCGCCAAAACCACCUAAGCGUGGCAUCCUGAAGGGACCCCGAAUUAAUGUGGCAUCAACUAUUGAGGAGUCUUCCAACAUUCCAUCACCAGAUUCAUCGUCAAUCCUUCUCAGGAAUACAUUGCAGAAUGAGGUGAUUGCCUAUCACAAUGUACCAAUGAAGGGCUUCAUGGCGGACCAUUUGAAGUGUGAUGUUGGUGAAAAUCAACACAAUGCUUCAAUGAUGAAUACACUUCACAUUAUAACAUCUCCAUCACCCAGUGCAGAGAGUUUGACCGACACGACAACUAAUUCAUCAUUUGCAACACCUCCAUUCUCCCUUAGUCCCAUUGGUGAAUCACAGGGUUUGCACCGAUGGUCCCGUGUGCAAGCAUUUGAAGACAUAAGUCUUCCACUUCCACCCAUUAAAUUGGUAAAUCUUCCAGCACCGAGAGAAUUGGUGAUUAAGCGCCAGAAGACACCACGCAAUGAUUUUGGCUUUAGUUUACGAAAGGCCAUCUGUCUUGAUCGUUCUGCUUCCCUGUUUUCACCUGUAUUCAGACCGGUCAUCUUUGCGGAACCUGGUGCACAGGGAAAUGCCACGGGACUUUUACCCGGAGAUAGACUCAUCAAAGUCAAUGGUAUUUCCGUUGAGGAUUUGCCGCGGGAAACCAUAAUUGAGAUGAUCCGCAAUAGUGGCGAAAGUGUCACUGUUCAGGUGCAACCAGUUGGAGAACUGGUGGAGCUCUCUAGACGCUGCAUGACAAAUUCGGGCGAUGAAACUGAUCGUGUGGGGACCAGCGUAUCCAACUGCAAUACUCUACGACGAAGUGCAAGCAAGAGAUUUAAAUCUGAGACCAAAAUUGAGGGUGACGAUGGUCCAUGGACAACAACAAAUGGUGAAAGUGUAUGGCUUGUCCAUCGUGGUGGUUUUUGUGCUGCCACGAGAUUCUUACAGAAGAAUCCGGGAGAGAGCAAUGGGAAGGUUCUCAUUGAACUGCAGCACAGUGGUGAGCAAUUGCAUGUGGACGAGGAUGACAUUGAGAAGGCAAAUCCAUCGAAGCUGGAUCUUGUGGAGGAUAUUUGUCAGCUGAAGCAUCUCAAUGAGGCGUCUGUGUUGCAUUGUCUACGCCAGAGAUAUGCCAGCAACCUCAUUCACACCAAAGCGGGACCCACUUUGAUGGUGGUCAAUCCCAUGGCUCCAUUGUCUCUCUACUCUGAAAAGGUGGUGUCAAUGUUUCGCGGAUGCAAGACUGAGGAUAUGCCUCCGCAUGUCUAUUCACUGGCACAAACCGCCUACAGGACAAUGCUUGAGACGAGACGUGACCAAAGUUUAAUAUUUAUGGGACGUUCCGGUUCCGGGAAAACUACAAGCUUUAAACACGCACUGUACUAUUUGGCUCUGGCUGCAGGUUCUGUGAACAAAUUAUUGACUGCUGAAAAGGUGAAUGCAAUAAAUACAAUUUUAGAGGCAUUUGGCAAUGCUAAGACCUGCAUGAAUUCAAAUGCAACGAGAUUUACACAGAUUCUCAGUCUCGACUUUGAUCACAGUGGGCAAAUUGCGUCGGCAUCUGUACAGGUGUUACUGCUGGAACGAAAUCGCUGUGGGAGACGCAUUGGGAAUGAUUGUACUUUUCAUGUUUUGACGAGAUUACUGGCCGGUGCUGAGGGGAGUCUCCAGAAGGAGCUCCACUUAGACAAUGUAUCGUCAGAUGAGAGUAAUCCUUUUAUUCAGUUACCACAGAAAUUGGAGGAUAGGCAGAAGGCCUCGUCGGAAUUUGUGAGAUUAGUUCAGGCAUUUUCCAUGCUCAAUGUUGAGGCAUCAUCUGUGAAAGCUUUAUGGCACGUUUUGGCAGCGAUUUAUCAUUUGGGUGUGGCGGGUGUUACCAAGAUUGGGGUUGGUGCCACAGCAAGGACACAAUUUGCCAAUCCAUCUGCUGCAAGGAGGGCUGCAACAUUGUUGGGAAUAUCGAUGGAAGAUCUGACGAGUGCCGCUUUUCAGAGUGGCAGCAGUAGUCCAGCAAGAUCGCCCACAGACAGUGCUGAUGCCUCAUGGGAUGGUCUGGAGGCACUUAUAGUGGGAUUGUACUCUGAGACGAUGGCGGCUGUUGUGAGCCUCGUAAAUAAAGCCAUUUCAACGUCAGCACAUACAAUUGCUUCAAUCUUAUUGCUCGAUUCACCAGGAUUUCAGAAUCCUGCGAGUUGUGGUCAACAAUCUGGAGCUACUCUCUCAGAUUUGCGUCACAAUUAUCUGCAAGAACGUCUUCAGCUUUUAUUCCAUCAUGUAACAUUAGUGGCACCUCGUGAUCGAUAUGCUCAGGAAUUGGUGGAGUUGGAUAGUGAGGGAAUUCCAGAGUCAAAUCCCGCCCAAUUGGUAUCAUUGAUCGAUAAAGCUCCACAGAGUCAUGUGGUUAGGACAUCACAGAGAGAUCUCCGGGAGCAAGAUCGUCGGGGAUUGCUGUGGUUGCUCGAUGAAGAAUCCAUCUACCCUAAUUCCAAUGAUGACACUUUCUAUGAAAGACUGUUCAAUCAUUAUGGUGAUCGUGAGCAUCAGAAUCUACUGAGACGUGCUGGCGGCAGUCGUCAGUUUAUUCUGCAACAUUUGCAGGGUACAAAUCCUGUACUGUAUUCAGCCACAGGUUGGCUCAAAGCAUCCAAAGAACAUCCAGCUACUAAAGCUGCUACGACACUCCUUCAGGAUAGUUCAAAAGAGGACAUCAGUCGAUUAUUUAUUUCGGCAUUUGGUCGUGGAAAUGGAGCAGUAUUUUGUGGUUCAAUUGCCGGAAUGGAAGGUUCACAAUCACUAAGACGGGUUUCAAGUAUAAGACGAUCAUUUACAACGGCAGGAGUGAAGAGGAACUCCCUGAUGCUUCAGGUGAAGUUCACUGUUGAUGGAAUUGUUGACACAUUCCGUCGAACUGGUACACACUUUGUGCACUGUUUUAUGCUUCAGCACAAUGCAGGAACAACAACAGCCAAUAGUCAGACAAGUCCACAGCAUACAAGUGAAGAUAUUGUCAAUAUUCCACUUGUUAGAAGUCAGCUAAGAGGAUCGCAAAUUCUCGAAGCAGCACGACUUCAUCGACUGGGUUUUCCGGAAUCUGUGCCACUUCAUGAAUUUGUACGACGUUUUGGCCUCUUGGGAGAUGUUCAGGUGAAAGAUCAAACUGUGGAACAGAUCCUGUCAUCCAAUGAAAUUGACUCAUCGACAUACCGCAUUGGACCGAGUCAGGUGCUCUUCCGUUCGGGUGUUUUGGGUCAGUUGGAAGCGAAACGCGAUGAAUUGCUCUCUGACCGCAUCAUUCAAUUCCAAUCGUACUGUCGUGGCUACUUGGCCAGACGAAGAGUGGCCCAGAGGAGAGUUCAGGAAUUGGCCGUAAGAUGUAUCCAGCGAAAUGUUCGGGCAUUCCUCAUGGUACGUGAUUGGCCGUGGUGGCGUCUUUUGGUUCGAGUGACCCCAUUGCUCAAUGUACAUCGCACAGAGGAACAACUGAAAGCGGCCAACGAUGAAUUGCAGACACUAAAAGCAAAAUUGGACAAAAUCGAGACAGAACGAGCUACACUCAAGGCAGAAAAUGAGAAAUUAGAGGCCAAGCUGUCGGAAAUGACUGUGGACUUGGCUGAGGAGCGUUCUACGGCUAAUUUGGCCAGUGAACGCCUCGAGGCGGAAGCUGCAGAACGAUUGAAAUUGGAAAAGGAGCUGCAGGAUCAGCAAGGAAAAAUUCGCACACUUCAGGAGUCAUCGGAAAAGUUGGAAAUGGAAUUGAUUUGUGCCAAAUCCGAUCUCAAUGGAAUCUCGGAGGAUGAGGAUGGUGAUAAUGAUGAUGGUGCUGGUGGUGUCUACAAGUUGAAAUACGAACGUGUUGCACGUGAACUUGAAUUUACCAAGAGACGACUACAGACCCAGCAUGAGCACGACUUGGAGCAAUUAGUGGGAUUGAAGAAACAACUGGAAAAGAAAUUGGCGGAUGCAUAUGAAGAGGUGGAGGAGCAACGACAAGUUGUUGGACAGUGGAAGCGAAAGGCACAGAAGAUGACGAAUGAGAUGAAUGACUUGCGAAUGCUACUGGAUGAACAGAAUAGUCGCAAUAAUUUGCUAGAGAAGAGACAGCGGAAAUUUGAUUCAGAAUGUCAAUCACUGCAAGAGGGUGCUAGGCAGGAGAAACAAUCCAAGGAUCGUCUGGCACGUGAGAAGGAUAUCCUCAUUGCGGAGAAAUUUACGUUGGAGCAAAAUUUGGCGGACAUACGUCUUGAGUUGGAGCUGAAAGAGGAGAAGUUAUCAUCGUUGCAGCGUGAAUUGGAAGAGAUGACUUUUGGUGGUGGAACUGAAGAAGAAGUGGCUCAGCUUAAACGUUCCAAGUUGGAAUUGGAACGUCGGAAUAAGGAGCAAGAGGAGGAACUUGAUGAAAUGGCAGGACAAGUUCAGCUAUUGGAACAAGCGAAAUUGCGAUUGGAAAUGACACUGGAAACGAUGCGAAAAGAAGCAAGACGUGAAGCCCAGCAGCGGGAUGAUGAAUUAGAAGAGGCACGAGGGGCAUCGUACAAGAAGAUUAAGGCACUUGAGUGUCAAUUGGAGACUGAACAUGAGGAGCGAACGCUUCUUCUGCGCGAAAAGCAUGAAUUGGAGAGAAGACUGGCAGCUGCAGCGGAGCAGGAUCGAGCUGAUCGAGCAGCCGAGGAAUCGGCUAUUCAGAAAUUGAAGCGCGAUCUGAGAAAGUACAAAGCAUUGCUUAAGGAUGCUCAGUCGCAAUUGGAUCGUGCUAAGGCAGAUUCACCAGGAAAAGUAUUGAUUAGGCAGCUGAGAAAUCAAAUUGAGGACGCUGAAGCGGCACGCACAAUUGCCGUUAAGGCACGUCAGACUGCUGAGGCAGAAUUGACUGAUCUGCAGUCAGUCCUGGAGGAGACGCAGAGGGCAAAGAGUGAGGCAGAAGAUAAAUCUACUCAGGCACAUCGAGAUCGAUCUGAGCUGCAGGCACAGAUUGAGGAGAAUGAGGAGGAAAUGGCUGAACUCAUGAAGAAGUACACAGCUACCGUGAAGCAGUUGAAUACGGAACAAAUGGCAUCAUCGGAGUAUGAAAUCAAAAUCAGUGAACUGGAGGCUGAGAAGAAUUCCCUCAAAGAGCAAAUUGCCGAACUUACAGCUAGGGUGGAGAAUGUUGAGAAUAUGAGUGAUCCAUCGGCUAGUCUGCUCAGUAAGCGUCUCGAACUGCGAACGAAAGAGUUGGAGUCUAAGUUGGAACUGGAGCAGGCCACAAAGGCGAGAGUUGAAGUUCAGUGUAAUCGUCACAAGGAUGCUCUGGAGAAACUUCAGCAAGAGAUGAGUCUUGUGAGAGCUAGAGAAAUGCAGUACCAAGAAUCUCUCAAAAAGACACAAAAGAGUUUAAGGGAACUGCGGGAAGAAUUGCAUACUGUGUCAAAUCGUGAGCAAGAGAGUACAGUCAAACGAAAAGACUUGGAGAAGCGUCUUGAGGCUGCAGAAUCUGAAUGUACAAGUGCAAAGAAUGAUCUGCGACUGGCUCUACUGCGAAUUUCAGAUUUGCAAACAGCAAUGGAAGAAGGAGAUGAAGAUCCAACAGACAGUGAUCAAGACAGUGAUAGCUCAGAUGAUUCCCUGAGUGAUUUGGAGCAACGACUUAAUCCAAUUCGUCCCCGACUCACCAGUCGGAUUGCUGCCAAGGAGACAAAUGGGGUUGCAGAUGAUGCCCUUGUUAUACGAGAAGGAAAAUCAGACAACGGACCAAGUUUUUUCUUACUGUAGGAUCUCUGUUGCCUUGUCACCUUCGUCUUCAACAUCUCAUGGAAAUGGUGACACGUCGUAUGCUUAGAAAUAUUAUUGAAAAAAAAGAAACAAGAAAUAUGCAUAAAAAAAAUGGUAGAAACUUUUUCUAUUCGACAUACAUAUUUUGGUAGAAUAUACUUAAACAUGAAAACCAAGUAUAGAAAUAAUAUAUAUUAAAUUUUAUUGUAAUUUUUUCACAUAUAAAUCAAUAAUUUAUUAGAAAUUGUAUAAUCAACAUAUAGGUUUUCUAUAUAUCAACUCUCAAUGCUUAUGAACAAAUUUUUUUAGGAUGAAAAUUGAAAAAAAAAAGAGAAAAGUCUUAUAAUAUUAUCAAGAGAAGAGAUGAGUAAUAAAAAAGGAACAUGAGUACUUGUUAAUAAUUUUAUUUAAUUUUAUGUAAAUUUUAUAAAUAUUGUAUACUACCACUAUAUUUAAUACAUUAUAGACGGAUAAUGUUUUCUUUUGAUCCAUUUCUUAACUGUCUUUUUUUUGUUUUUACCUUAUUUAUUAGAUGAAAAAACAUAUAUUUGUUUUCCGAAGGACAAUGCAAAGAAAUAAUAAGAGAAAGUAGUGAAUGUGUUAGGUGAAAGAAGACAAAAAAAACGUGUUAAAACAACGAAAAUCAAUCCGGCUAAAAUUAGAACAAAAUGUACAAAAAAAAAUAAUAUCGCCAGAGCUCUUUUUCUUUAACGUUGCUCUAUUGUUAAGAAAAAUUGCAGCUCAUAUAGAAAAAAAAAGCAUAAAUUGAAAGCAAUUUGUAAUACGAAUAACAAACUAAAAUAACAACACUACUAGUCCUUUUCGUUGUAUAAUUUUUUGUUUUUAAUUUGCUUUCAGCAACAUUAAUUUAAAAAAAAGCUCACCAUCAUUUUCUGUAUGACACGUUUAACAGAAAAAAAAGUAGUGGAAUUAAUAAUUGAAAAUCAUCAUUCAUAUCAAAAGACGAGAAUGUGUUUGUUUAUUGGAAAAGAAUAGAUAUUGUUGGAUUUCUCGUCUAUUAGUUUUUUUUUACAAAAUAACGUAGUACCAUUUAAUUAAUUGACGAGAAAUAGUAAACUAUACGUUUUUUAUUUGGCGUUUUCAAUGUGGAAAGGAAAUUUUUGAUAAGGAAGGAAAGUAUAACUGUAUAAUCAUUAUUAGCUUAAUAAUUGAAAAAUUAUACAUGAAAAAAAAACUUUAUUAUAUUUAUGAAUGGCAAACAAAUAAUCUAAUAUUGAAUGUAGUUUAAUUAUUACAUGUUAAAGAAAUUCCCUACAAUUUAUUUCAUCUCCAUUUUUUUCACGUAUACACGUAUUUUUCUUUUUUCUUCUAAGAAAGGAAAAAUCAAAAUUAAUUAUGAAAUCUUGCUAUUAAUAUAAAAUGUAUUAAUACAAAAUGAA